AUGAAGCCUCGCCCUUGUGGCUGUAAAGGCUGCAGAACGUGUCUCAUUUGUGAAACUUAUUAUGGGGCCGAAGAACUUAAAAAUCUGGUAAAACUUGAUAAAGACAAAGGUUAUGUAUUUUGCCCCUUCUGUAACAAAGCUUGGAGUGGCUGGGAUAUAGACGUAUAUAAACAACAUCCAUAUCACGAAGGCGAAUCGAUUGAUUACCCAGGUGUAUAUAUAAAAUUAGAUUUUAUAUCUGAAUAUGAAGAAACAGAACUUAUGAGAAACAUAGAUGAAGUGCCGUGGGAUAUAUCGCAGAGCGGCCGGCGUAAACAGAAUUACGGACCAAAAACUAAUUUUAAGAAGAAAAAAAUCGUUCCUGGACAAUUCAAUGGGUUUCCUAAGUUUUCCCAGUAUUUGCAGGAGAGAUUCAAAACCUUCGAUAUAUUAAAGGGUUAUGAAGUCAUUGAACAAUGUUCUCUUGAGUAUGAUCCUAUCAAGGGGGCGUCUAUCGACCCUCAUAUCGACGACUGCUGGGUCUGGGGUGAGAGAAUACUUACGGUUAACUGUUUGUCAGACUCCGUUCUCACAAUGACUAGGUUCAAAGGCGACACGAAAAAGUAUAAUCUAUAUUGUUCAGAGGAGUAUCCGCCUGUUGUCCAAGGUGAUGGCAGUAUUGAUAUGGAUUUUAUGAGCAAACAGAACAUGUAUGAAGCUAGUAAACCAAAAGAUGAUGUAGAUAUAAUAAUAAGGAUUCCGUUGAUAAGGCGAUCUCUGCUAAUAAUCUACGGUGAAUCGAGAUACCAUUGGGAGCACCGGGUUUUACGUGAGGAUAUAGUUUCAAGAAGAGUUUGUAUCGCUUAUCGAGAGUUCACACCACCUUUCAUGAACAAUGGUGUCCACGAGAUGCUCGGAAAAGAAAUCCGAGAUCGAGCAAAGUUAUUCUGGGACCACAGAGAGAGAUACAAGGAACACAUGAAAUGUGUUCAAUAA